UUUAAAAAAACUCCAACAAGUUACCCGUUCAGUAUGUUAUUUACCAACUCAAGGUUCUUUAAAUUCUCUGGAUUCAAGUUCUUCAGGUUCUCCUGUCUGUCACCCACUUCAAGAAAUUAAACAGCAAAAUAAUACAAAAGCCAAGUUUUUAGAGAAAAAAAAAUAUCUUUAUAAAAUUUUUCGUCUUGGACAUUAUCCUCAAAAUAUUAAACAAACUCAACGAAGUUAUCAUUUAAUUCCUAAUGGUUAUAUAGUUGGUGUUAAAAUUUGUGGUACAGAUCUUAUUGCUGAAACUUGGUAUGAUAUUAGUGACAAGGUAGUAUAUACGAUAACUUGGGGUAGUAAGGAAAAAAAAAAGUCUGUAACAAGUGAUAAAUCUGCAAAAUUUAUCCAUAAUAAUAAAACAACGUUUUCUGGAGUUGUAUUGUUUGGAUUCGAUCUUGAAUGCCUAGAAAAUAGACAAAUUAAUAAUCAAGAUCAAAUUCGAAAAAAUAAACCUUUUCAUCAACUUAACUCUGAAGCACAAAAAAAUAUACGACUUAAAGCACUAGCUUAUGAUAUUAAUACAUAUAGAGUUAAAUAUCAAUGGAUUACCGGUCAAAUUACAAAAUUCAAAUUCAGAAAAAUUAAAGCCACCAAAACUUUUAGAUUCAAUUAUUGUACUUGUGAUGAAUCAUUAAUUUCUCGCGAUGGAUAUCGUCGGCUCGCAGCAAUCAUACCAGAAAUGGAACGUGAAUAUAAAGUUGAUGAAAAUCGGCAAGAGAUAACAGGAAUUAUGGAUGAUAUUAUUCUUGUUCAUUUG